CUCCCCGUUAUCCCCAUUGCUACACUGAGACACAGACGCACAAGAUCCGCCGGGAUUCCUCCUGAUAUUCAGCAUCACUCGUGCGGUCGGAAUGGAGAUGCUGAAUAAUCGACUAAAAUAAGGAAAAGUCCUCGCAGAGAUCAAGAUGGUGUCGUGGAUCAUUUCGCGGAUGGUGGUCCUGGCCUUCGGGACCCUCUAUCCAGCCUAUUCAUCUUAUAAGGCUGUGAAGACGAAAAACGUCAAGGAGUAUGUGAAAUGGAUGAUGUACUGGAUAGUGUUUGCGUUAUUUACGACAGCAGAGACGAUCACAGAUAUGCUUCUCUCUUGGUUUCCAUUUUAUUUUGAGCUGAAGAUUGCCUUUGUGAUCUGGCUGUUGUCCCCGUACACCAAGGGCUCCAGUGUGCUGUACCGCAAGUUUGUGCACCCCACGCUUUCCAAUAAAGAAAGGGAAAUUGAUGAGUACAUAACCCAGGCUAAAGACCGCAGUUAUGAGACCAUGAUGCGGUUUGGGAAGAGAGGACUCAACAUUGCAGCCACUGCAGCAGUCACAGCAGCCUCAAAGGGUCAGGGUGUGUUAUCAGAGAAGCUGCGCAGUUUCAGCAUGCAGGAUCUGACUCUGAUUCAGAACGAAGACGAGCUGCAGCUGGACAGCACAGACGACACACACACUGCAGCCACGCUACCUCGGGCUAAAACAGUCACACGCACAGUUCGUGCCGCAGCCAUACCGGCUGACACUGAAUCACAGCACAGCUCUCGCUCUGAGGACCAGUCCGAAAGCAGGACGGAUCAUUCAGAUGAAGAUGCAGCAGAUAAGGCCCCCAAACGCACUGCAAGCGUCAAAGCAGCCAAGAAACCAGUCGCUGCCAAGGCAGAGACCACCAAGACAGUGAAGAAACCGCCAAAGAAGAAAGCCACUACCACGGCCAACAACAAUGUUGAAUCACCAUGAGUCACGCUGCGUUUAUCCAUCCCUGGACAACACACACACGCACAUUCACAUGCUUUCCCAUACUAACAUUAGUGCUCUUUGCUUUUAUAGAAACAUACUGACCCUUGCAAAUACACACAUGCACAUAAGAUGCAUCGCCUGGGGCUGUUUUUAUCUAGUAGGUUUAAUGCGGUGAGUAAGUUAAGACAUCUGGCUUCAUGCAUUCAUUUUUUGUGUUGUGCAUGUGUUUCAAGGAAGGCUGUGUCUUGUCUUAUUCUCUGUAGGCCUUAAUAUUAGAGGGCAUCUCUGUAAAGCAUGAGAUCAGAAAGCAGUGCCUGCACAUGAUCAUACAUCAUCACUACUGAACCCACAGUAUAUCCCUUAUAACCACAGAUUUCAUGCUUGUUUUCCAUAAUAUAGGCCAUUUCACUUUAUUUAGCAUGUAGGACACACACUAUGGGACGAACAAGAAAUGGGAACAGAAAAAUGGGGCUAUUAAAUGAAUAGACUUGAUUUACAGCACAGCGUCCAUAGAGAGUUCUGGAGGCGCCCAGAGCAGUUCUGUUCUCGUUCUGGGUCACAGAACAUCCCGAGCCCGAGAUUUGUUGUGAAUAUUCAUGAUCGGAGAGGUCAGAUGUCUACUGGAAGCUGCAGGCACUCAAACGCUCUCGCCGUUAAUAGUGCUUUUGUCAGCUGGAGCUGGAGGCGUUCAGAGCACAUGAGCUGUCCCUUGUGCUAAUUUUACAUUCGUGUAGCGCGAUGUUACACAUUUUGAACACUUAUAAGACAUUUAUCCAAGUGGUAGAUGAGAUAGCAGGUGUCAUCUGGUGUUUUGGUAGGGCGCAAAUGAAAACAGAAUCACAUGUUGGCCAGUAAAGGACAAGAUGCCUCUGUCUUGAGUAGUCGGUUUCUGAAGACUGAUGAUUUUAAGUCUGCUGUUUCAGUUCUGGGCUUUCUGUUGUUGUGACUUGCUUAUCAAACUCAAAUAUUCCAUAUCAGUUUGUAAUAAAAGUACUAAACGCACUCAGUUUGCGCGGUGCAACGCAAAGCAUAGAGAGUUGGCAGAUCAUUCAUUGUGGUGAAACGGUCAACCCUCGUUGUUAAAAAUCAUCUUAAAAGGUGCUUUUAGAAUAUAUGCUGGCUUUAAACCCUCUGGUCCUUUUUUAAAAGUCAUCUAUACAACUUUUUAAAUUAGAUCCUGUGCACCAAGGUCAUUUGAAACUGCAUGUAGCCCUAAAUCCAGAUGUGUGCAGUUGUGUUUCCCGGUACAGCUGUUCUGAAUCGAAAGAUUUGGCGUUUGGUACUGAUCUGGACUUCAA